AUGUCUAGAGAAGUAUUUAUGUUUCUUAAAGCUAAAGUAACUUUUGAAAAGAUUCGAUUUAGUGUCAAAGUCCUUAGAACAAUUUGAUUUAUAUGAAUAAAAUGAAUUUGCUAUUCAAAAUUCUUAAUAGUAAGUUUUAGUUCUUAUACUUAGAUACUCUUAAGAAUGCUAUGAAGCAUUUUAGAAGAUCUAUCAGAAAAAUGAAGUUAAUCAACUUUAGAUUAUCCCAGAAGAUGAAAAAGAGUUUUACAUUCUAAAUAGAGACACAGGAUUGAUGAUUGAUUGUAGGAAGUUAGACUAAUAUACGGUUCCAAAAUCAGAUACGAAGGAAGUGGCAUGGAAGAAUUACUGGAAGGACAGUAGAGAAAUUAGUGAAUCAUUACUAUCAUUAGUCUAAUUGAAUGAUAAAAAUAAAGUAUAUGAACUACUAGCUCAUCCAUAAUUUUAUAUAGAUAUAAAUAUUAGGUAUUGAUUGUGUUAAUAAAAAUAGGGAUUUAGAUGAUUGGACUCCACUUCAUUUUGCAUGUCAAUAAAAUAAUACUGAGAUUGUUCAACUCUUAUUACAUUAAUAAGCAAAUCCAAGGUUAUUCUCUUUAGAUAUGAAGUCACCAUUACAUAUUGCAGCAAUGAAGAAUAAUUCAACAAUCUGUGAAUUGUUAAUAAACUUUGGAGCUGAUAUUGAAGCUUAAGAUUCAGAUUAAAAUACACCAUUACAUAUAGCUUCAUUAUUUGGAAAUGAUUUAGUCUGUGCUAUAUUAAUAGAAAAGAAAGCAAAUCACAAUUUGAAGAAUUAUUAACAUUUGACUCCUAUAGAAAUGGCAUCAGAUAUUAAAAUAAUUGAAAUUUUUAAUAAAUAUGGAAUCUCGCUUAAUAAUUUUACUUAUACUAGAACUGUAGUGAAAGAAUAAAAUUUAAUUUUACCUAAUAGUAGAAGAGAUCAUGUAUAAAAAAUAUUAAAACUAACUUAAUAAUAGACUAAAGCAUGUAUUAUAGAUUAAGAAAUAAAAAAAGAAUUAAUAAAUAAUGAAUAAUAAAGAUAAUCUCUUACUACUUUAGAUAUUAAUUAAAAUAGAACUACUUGGGGUAAGAUAAUGGAUUUUGCUAUAUCAUUUUCUCGAAUCUCUAUUAAAGUUAAUACAAAUACAACAAAUUCAGAAUCAUAAAAUAAUAAGAUUGGUCCAAAUUCUUUUUAAUUUUAUUAAAAAUUAGGAGAAGGUGGAUUUGGUUAAGUUUAUCUUGUUGAAAAAAUAGGACAAGAACCAAAAAAAUAUUAUGCAAUGAAGAUUUUAAAAAAAGAAGAUAUAGAUACUUCAAAUAUUAUAAAAUCUGCUUAAAUUGAAAAAGAUGUUUUAAAGAUUAUGAAUCAUCCAUUUAUAGUUAAAUUAAAUUAUGCAUUCUAAACUUUAGAUCAUUUAUAUCUUGUUAUGGAUUUAUGUUCAGGAGGAGAUUUAGCUACUCAUUUAGAAUUAGUUAAUCAUUUUCCAGAACAUAUUGUUAAAAUAUAUGCAGCAGAAAUUACAUUAGCAAUAGAAGCAUUACAUUAAUAAGGAAUUAUAUUUAGAGAUCUUAAACCUGAAAAUGUUGUAUUAGAUAAAGAUGGACAUGCUCAAUUAACAGAUUUUGGUUUAUCAAAACAAGGUAUUGAUGAAGAGAUAUUAAAUUAAUCAUUUUGUGGAACUUUAGCUUAUUUGGCACCUGAAAUGUUAAUGAAAAAAGGACAUGGACGUUAAGUAGAUUGGUAUAUGUUGGGAAUAUUCAUUUAUGAAUUAUUGGUAGGUGCUCCACCUUAUUAUGAUGCUGAGAAAGAGAUUCUAAAAGAAAAUAUUAAAAGAGCUCCACUUAAAAUACCAAGACAUCUUAGUCAAGAAGCUAAAGACAUAAUAAUUUAAUUAUUGAUUAGAGAUCCUAAAAGAAGAUUAGGAUGCAAAGAAGAUGCUAAGGAAAUUAAAAGCCAUCCUUGGUUUAGAGAUAUUAAUUGGUAAGAUUGUUAUAAUAAAAAAUUAUAACCACCAAAACCUUUAAUAUGUCAUGAACCAAAAGUAGCUAGAAAAGUUACUUUUAGUAAAAAUAGUAAUAGAAAUAAAUUAAAUGAUUGGACAUUUUUUGAAAACUGA